AAACUCGACUCCCUAUAAGACCGUCUGGUGAUGCUCUACAAGACAGAAGGGGUAUGGUGCCGGCAGUGGACCCUAAUAAUUUCGUGGCAGUCAAAUCCAACAGACAUCUAGAUAAAUGCAGUCCAGUUGUGAGCUCUUCCUUGUUUCAUACCAGUCAGCCAACAAGCGGAAGACCAAAGUCUCCUCUACCAGAUCCAAAAAAGGAGCUAAUCAACCAUAGUAAAGUUAGAGGCAUUGACAUUUUGAGAGACCCUAGGCUCAAUAAGGGUCAAGCUUUCACUCUCAGAGAGCGUCAGUUGAUGGGUAUACAUGGCCUCUUACCACCUAUUGUGAUAGAUCAAGAGACUCAGCUAAAUCGUGUCAUCGUUAACUUUCGGAAAAGACCCACUGAUGUUGAUCGUUACAUCUAUUUGAUGGCAUUGUAUGACAGAAAUGAAUGCCUGUUUUAUCGUUCCUUGUGUGAACAUGUCGAGGAAAUGAUGCCUAUUGUUUAUACACCAACUGUCGGACAAGCAUGUCAGCAAUAUGGUCUUCUGUACAGAAGACCAAGAGGUUUGUUUCUGUCUAUCAAUGACAAGGGACAUUUGUACGAUAUGAUAUGUAACUGGCCAGAGAAUAACGUGAAGGCUAUUGUGGUAACAGAUGGAGAGAGGAUUCUAGGUCUGGGAGAUUUGGGUGUGAAUGGAAUGGGUAUCCCUGUGGGGAAGUUGUCACUCUACACAGCACUGGGAGGUAUCCCGCCGCAGCAGACGUUACCCGUUAUGCUUGAUGUGGGAACCAACAAUAAGACUUUAUUGGAAGACAGACUUUACAUCGGAAGACAAAAGCCUCGCGUUACCGGACCAGAGUAUGACGAAUUCAUUGAAGAAUUCGUUGAAGCAAUAGUUAGAAGGUAUGGGCAGACCACUCUGAUACAGUUUGAAGAUUUCGGAAAUAACAAUGCGUUCAAACUGUUGGAAAAAUACAGACAUAAUUACUGUGUGUUCAAUGAUGAUAUUCAAGAUUUUAAGAAAGCAUUUGAUAAAGUGAGCCCUGAGAAAGUCCCGUUCAAAAUAUAUGUACACAGCUAUGAUGUUCGUGGCGAAACCCUGAAAUGGAUUAAGAGCUUUCUCGACAAAGGCUUUAAUCCGUAA